AGUAAAAGAGAAAGAAAGGAAUGAAUUUGGAACCCAAUUCCCAGUCAACUGAGAAACCACCAAAAUAUUUGAGAUUUCCCUCAGCAGAGUUUUGUUGGUUCAUCCAUGGGUUCUCCUUCCGGAUUUACUUAUGACGUUUUCUUGAGCUUCCGAGGUGAAGACACCCGAAAGAACUUCACUGAUCACCUCCACAAAACCCUUCUCGACGCCCGAUUUCGAACUUUUCUGGAUGACGAUAAACUUCCAAGAGGGGAGAACAUCAAGGAAGAGCUUGAGAAAGCCAUUCGAGAGUCACGAAGCUCUGUCAUCGUGUUCUCGGAAGACUACGCCUCUUCCAAAUGGUGCCUCGACGAGCUUGUCAUCAUCCUUGAACGCAGGAGGACCUUCAAUCAUUUCGUUUUACCAGUCUUCUACCACGUUGAUCCAUCCCAUCUGAGGAAGCAGACUGGAAAUGUUGCAGAAGCAUUUAUUGAACACCAGAAAACUCAAUCCUCUGAGAAGUUGAAUGGAUGGCGGGCAGCACUUAAACAAGUUGCAGAUCUAGCAGGAAUGAAUUUACAAGACGGGCACGAGUCAGAGUUCAUCCGAAAGAUUGUUGGAGAGAUUCAUGAGAAGCUAGGUGGUGUGCCCCUAAGCGAUGUCCAGAAGGAAUUAGAGGAGAAGUUGUCAUAUGUUGACCAUGUUCUUAAUGACGCUGAGGGGAAACAACUCGAAAGGACUGUGAAGCCAUGGCUCCGUAAGCUUAAAGAGGCUGUCUAUGAUGCUGAGGACCUGUUGCAGGAGAUCAAAACAGAAGCCUCGAGGCUAAGGAUAGAACACGAUUAUGGGAGUAGCACGAGUAAGGUACAAGAGCUCAUCUCUACUCCAUCUCAUGCUUUUGACCCAGCAUUAACAUGCCCCAGGGCAGAGAAAGUUCUUGAAAGACUAGACAAGAUUACGAAGCAGACAAAAGAUGUCCUGGCUUCGAUAGUAACCGCUGUAUCACAAACACUACCGUCAACUUCUUGGGCAGGAAAGUCUGUGUCUGUGUGUGGAAGAGAUGAAGAGAAAGAAAGAUUGGUUAAAUUAUUGCUAUCAGAUGAUGAGACUGGCAAUGAAAUAGGUGUGAUUCUUAUUGUGGGUAUGGGUGGGAUCGGAAAGACCACCCUUGCCCAGUUUCUAUACAGUGAUCCUAGAGUCAAGCGACAUUUUGACAUUCGAGCAUGGGUUUGCGUUCCAAAAGAAUUUGAUGUCCUUAAGAUCUCGCAACUCAUUUAUGAGUCCCUCACCUCAGAAGCUUGCCAAAUCACAAACCUAGAUACGCUUCUAUCAAAGUUGGAGAAAACUUGGAGGGGGCAAAGGUUCUUCUUUGUUCUUGAUGACAUCUGGAACAAGAUUGAUAACCUGUUGGAAUUCUUAAUGCUUCACCUUGAGUCUGCAGCACAUGGAAGCAAGAUUCUUAUCACAACACGCGAUGAAAAUGUUGUUGCACGUAGGAUGUGUAACCUUGAAGCUCACCGUCUCAUGCCAAUGUCUGAGGAAGAUAGCUGGUCGUUAUUCGAAAAACAUGCCUUCAAAAAUGCAGGUGUUGGUACACACACACAUCUUGAAAAAAUCGGUAGACUAAUUGUUCGAAAGUGCAAUGGUCUUCCUUUGGCUAUUAAGUCCCUUGGGGCUCUCUUAUGUUUUAAAUUGUUAGUGGAGGAAUGGAAAAGUAUAUUGAGCAGUGACAUGUGGGAGCUCUCGCCGGAUGAGAGUGACAUUGUGCCAUCUCUAUGGUUGAGCUAUCUAGAUUUGCCUCUACAUCUCAAGCGUUGUUUUGCCUAUUGUUCCCUGUAUCCCAAGAACUUUGAAUUUCAAAAAUCAGAGUUGAUUUACUUGUGGACGGCUGAAGAUCUAUUGCAACAUGAAAAAAACAAAAUGGCAGAAGAAAUCGGACAAGGCUACUUCAAUGAUCUAAUCUCAAGAUCAUUUUUUCAACUUUCAUUACGUUCCGAAAAACAUUUCAUCAUGCAUGACCUUUUCAAUGAUUUAGCAAGCUUUGUAUCAGGAGAAUUUUGUUUUAGGUGGGAGGGCAGUGAUUCACCCAACGAUUUGAGCACGACUCGUCACUUUUCAUAUAAGCCGAGUUAUUAUAUGGUUGAGAGCCUAGAGAUGUUUGAGGCUUUACAGCAAGCUAAAUGUUUGCGCACCUUUCUAACAUUAGAUCCGUGGGAGUUAGAUCCGUGGAAGAAGCCGUUCGGCCGAGCCCACGUGGCGAGCAAAGGACUCUAUGAGGCAUUGCCAAAGUUUCAAUGUUUAAGAAUGCUCAAGUUAUCAGGGUACCAAAUUGAGAAAUUGCCUGAUUCAAUUAACAACUUGAAACAUCUCAAGCACUUGGACUUGUCUUACAGUUACAUCGAAAAGUUACCUGAUACAAUUUGUACUUUGUAUAACUUGCAAGUAUUGUUGUUGUCAAACUGUCGAGGCCUUACUGAACUGCCAGCCAACUUGGGAAGAUUGAUCAACUUGAGCCAUCUGGAUAUUACAAGGACAAAGAUAAAUAAGAUGCCACCACAAAUGGGUAAGUUGAAAGACCUCCAGAUGCUCCCAGAGUUUGUGGUAGACACUCACACUGCUGGGGAUAAUUUGGUAGAGUUAAAGAAGCUUGAAAAUUUGCGUGGAAGACUUUGUAUCUCAGGGCUUGAGCAUAGCAGCGGUUUGGAGGCCUACAUACUGAGGGACAAGAAGUUUCUUAAGGAACUGGAUUUGGAUUGGGGACGAAUGCCUGGGUGGAGAAGGCAUGUAAGUGAAGAAAACAAUACUACUGUAGAAGAAAGAGAAGUGCUUGAGAAGCUCCAACCUCACCUGAACUUGGAAAGGCUUAGAAUUGAACGUUAUGGAGGCAAAAUGUUUCCAGGUUGGUCAGAAUAUUAUUUUUCCUCUGCUCUUGUUUCUCUUAAACUUGUUUAUUGUAAAAAUUGUAUCUCCUUGCCACCAUUGGGACGGCUACCUUUCCUCAGAGAGCUUUGUAUAGAAGGGUUGAGUGGGUGGCAAGAAUGGUCUGAUGUUGGAGGUGACAAUAAUGAAGGUGGGGUUUUUCCUAAUCUUGAGAAGCUUGAAGUAGAAUUCUGUCCCAAUCUUACCGGGAGAUUAGCGUCAGACAGUCUCCCAUCUCUUGAGUCUUUGACGGUAAGGAAUUGCCCAGAAUUCGAAUGUUUUCCGGAAGAUGGAUUCCCGUCAAAGUUAAAAUCACUUGUCAUCCGCGAUCUUAAAAAAGUGAAUGCGAAGAGUAUGCAGAAUCUGAACAAGGGUCUCCGAACACUCACCUCUCUUGAACAAUUGAAACUUGAUUUUGUCAGCAGCGAAAAAUUAGAUUGGUUUGCGGAGGAGCUGUUUCCCAGCACUCUCACAUCUCUCGAUAUCUUCAGUCUGAAUUGUGAGACCAUCGACGGCGCCAAGUGGUUUGGCCAUCUCAACUCUCUUCAAGACUUGAGGAUUUGGUUCUGCCCUGCGCUCCGGUGCUUGCCAGAUAGUGGGCUACCCUCUUCUCUUUCUUUUCUAGGAAUCAAUCAAUGUCCUUUGCUUGAGAAACGGUGCCAAAGAGAGACGGGUGAAGAUUGGCCCAAGAUUGCUCACAUCAAGCACAUACGUAUCAAUAUGGUAAUGAUAUGACAACGACAGAGGGCUUGCGUUCUGAUCAAUUUGGCCAUGUCUCAGAGGGCUUGCAUAUUCUGCGUGUAAGAUCCUAUUGUUUGAACUCGCUUGAACUCAUGAUCGAUGGGUUUGACAUGCAACGACAUGCCAUAUGAAGGAGAAACAGACCAUUUCCAUUUUCUACGCAGUUUCGUGGAAAGUGAGCAAAAUUUCUUGAUAUGUUAAGACAGAGAUAGGCCAAGGUUAAGAUUGCUCGCAGGACCAAUAUUGCCAUGUCUUGAUGUCUGAGUUCUUCUCAUCUGCUUGCGGACUGUUCUUUAUCUCCUGCACUCAUUCACACUGUUUCCAAGCACAAUGAAAAUCACAGAGAGCCAAUUUUGGUGUGAUAUCAUCUUCCUAGACAUUACAAGAUUACAACUAUAUGCAGUGCUGCCUCUAGCAUCUCAUAAUACUUGUAGCUGUUGGACCCUUAUCUCAGUAACCAGUUAUGAGACCUGUCAAAAGUGAAAACAUCUCAUAAUACUUGGAAUCAGUUCUUGCAAAAAAGACUUUGUUGCAAACAAUUUGCAGUGUGUGAAGAAGGGUCUCCUAAGUGGUAACAGAGCAAGGGGAAGAUUGUCCCAAGAUUGCUGACACUGACAUUUAUCAAUAUGGAUAUGAUGCGGUUGCGAUGUCUUGACAUAGUUAUAACAAUCAUCUAAUAAUCUGUCAGAUGCAGCAUAAGUAAGAAAAUAUUGUUGGAGGCUCUCUACUAUUGGACCUCCUGGAGAGUCACCUUCUCGGAGAGGGAAAGAGAGGUUAAUUAAGUAAGACUGCUCUCAUCCCCAACAUUGUCAAGAUUUGCAUUGUCCUGAACUCCUGGUAGUCCCGGUAGCAAUGCUUCUACUAAUGGGGAGUGGUAACUUUUUGGGAUUCCUAUACCUUGGACGAGGGCUAACUGAUGAAAGGUCCAUCUUCUAGGGAGCCAGACUUGGAAAGAGCAGAAAGGAAGUUCCCAUUUUGUAGUGACUAGUGAUCCAGAGUUCUAUAGAUAACAGGAUUCUUGGCUCCGAUGAUUGCCUACAUACCCAUGUCACUUUCUUUUUCUAGUAUAAUAACUGAGAUGGUCUUUGCAAAUACAAUGCUGCCUGAGUGAAACUGGAGAGAGGGAGGGAGGGAGGGAGAUUGGCCCAACACAUGAUGUGCAAGAUCAUAAUUGGUUUUACCACUAAGCCUUGGCUACAUUGUGGAAAAGAUGGAAAGAGAGGUGAAUUAUGAUGUGCGAUGUCCUGAUAGUCCCAGUUGCAGUGCUGCCACUGAAGUAGAAUAAUCAGCAAAGAAAGUUGGUGUCCAUGGCAACAGACAACACAUGGCCAAACAGUGUUGUAUUUUGAUUGAUAGGAACUGUCCUUACUGGCCUCAUAAUGCAGUAAAUAUUUAUAGCAACUCUUCCUAAUGUCUGGCUGCAGUCUGCAGAUAAACAAUGCGGGUACUAGAAUUGAAUUUCUACUUUCCCUUUUAAUGGGCCAACUUCUGGAAUUUGGAUCCUCUUUACGUCAAAGUUUCUCUGGUUGUUAUGUAAUGCCGCCAGCUGCAACUGAAUGGUUUUUCUCAGGAACAAUUAAAGUCAUUGGCAAAAAACUCGGAGUUGUGUGUGGAAAAAAGAUGACAUGAGGACGAACAGUAUUGCACCUUCACUACGGGCCUCAUUUCAGGAAGGCAAAUUUCUCCCGAUUCUAGGACACUUUGAGAUGCCAGUGAAGGAUCAUUUCCUCUUAACAUAAAUUGGAAAAACAAUACUCCAGUGUAGUCGCCUAGUCGGCGAGGGUGGGGAUGUUUCCCAGCACUCUCACAAUUCUCCAGAUCAGCCGUCUGAAUUGUGAGGCCAUCGACGGCGCCAAGUGGUCUGGGCAUCUCAACUCUCUUCAACAAUUGGUGUUUGCGAAUUGCCCUUCGCUCCAGUGCUUGCCAGAUAGUGGACUACCAUCUUCUCUUCAACGCUUGGAUUUGUGUUGCCCUGCUCUGCAGUGCUUACCAGAUAGUGUACUACCCUCUUCUCUUUCUCAUCUACAAAUCCAUGCAUGUCCUUUGCUUGAGAAACGGUGCCAAAGAGAGACGGGUGAAGAUUGGCCCAAGAUUGCUCUCAUCAAGCGCAUAGAUAUCAAUUUUGAAACGAUAUGACAACGACAGUUCCAGGGCUUGCAUUCUGAUCAAUGUGGCCACGUCUCAGAGGGCUUGCAUAUUCUGCAUGUAAGAUCCUAUUGUUUGAACUCAUUGUUGAUUCCACAGUUCUAGGGUCUUAAUUGCUUGUUAUUGUGAGAAGAUCAAAUUUUUAGCUCACACUCUAUAACAGGUUAUUGAUCUCGAUGAACUAGAUUAAGCUGAAUAGAACCUAGGUUUAAGUCCAGUAAAAGUAAAAGUAAUUUCCUGCUCGUAAUUUUCUAAGCCUAGGAGAAAUGGCUUGAAUGUAACAUGGAAAGGAUGUGUUGCCUGAAUAUUAUUCUUCUUUUCCUGGUGUUAUUGUCUAUGAAUUCAUACUUUCAAGCAGAAAGUGUAUCAGUUGGUUG